AUGGGGUGCAUACCUUCCAAGAAAUCGUUGGUUGUCCGAUCAAGAUCAUCAAGCCUAAGAGAAAACUCAAAUCCCGGCAUCGACGGCGUGCCCUGGGAAGAAUUGUUGGCUUCCCACAGUGGCAGUGGCAAGCUGUUUUCCUUAGUAGCUGCUAAGCUCAGAAGCAGUAGCUUCAGCAUGGUGUCGAGGGAUCCCGAAACUCCUCAGGACGCCGACAAGUUUCUCUCCCUGAUCCCGGAAAUCCCGAAAAAUCCAGGGGCUGAAACAGGGUCUGAUGAAGCUAUAGAGCCUGGUUUUGGGAGAUUUACCAGAUCCAGAAGCUGUCAGGUGGUGAGGGAUAAAGAUGAGCAGGAGAUGAUCGCCCCUGGAACUGAUAACAAGAUAAACUGGAGAGACAAGAACCUGGUAGGCUCCAGAAGCUUCCAUACUGUCGAGGAAUACGACGCCCUGGUCGAGAGAAUUCGGAGGAGCAGCAGCACAGGCAUGGAACAAUUCAGACAUUAUGAAUCAUGGGAUAAUGUGGAAGAUCCAGGAUUGAAUUCUUUACCAGAAAAUAAGAACAAGUCCAUGGAAAACGAACCUGGCGCAGACCUGGAUUGUCGGGAGGGCUCCAAUUCGCCAAAAAGUUACACCACCGGAGAAGAUGGCCCUGGAGAAACAGGUUGGAGAAGGAAAUCCAUAGCCAAGGGACUGAAAUCACUCGACAUAGAAUUCCCGGUUGCAGCGAGGUUCCGGCAGCGGCAGCAUUUUGCGGAGGGGCAUAUCUACUCUCCGGGGACUUACGUCACUCCAAAAUUCGGCAGCUACAAUGCGAAGGUCGCCAACGAAGAGACUGGCCGGCAGGCUGAAGAUUGUGUGUUCAGUCCGGAGCUGGUGGCCGUGUUCGAAGACUGUAUGCAGCAGCUGCAAGAAGACGAAGACGCCAUUCUUAACCACAUUGAUACUUCCCUCUAG